UACCGCAAAACUCAAAACCAGUCAAAUUCUUCUUCCACCAUUCACCACGACCACAAGGCAACAUUGCAAUUUCGUCUCUUUCGACUGUGUAAAAAUCAAAACAGCCUCUCAAACCCUAAAUUUAAUCUUGGUAGCAGGAUGAGGGAGAUGGGUUUUACAGAGGAAAGGGUUGGAGAAGGGGAGGGGAGCUGUUAGAAGAGGUGGUGGGUUCCACAGUUGAGAUGAGGAGGAAGAGAAGGUAACUGCGAGGAAUGGGGCAAAGAGAGAACAAAGGAAUUUUCUAGGUAGUCACUCAAUGAAUUAGCUCACGUGUCACUGUUUUAUUUGCUGAUCGUAAACGAGAGAUCUACGGCACUGCCGUAAAUAACUAAAACUCUAUGAACAAAGUCUCUCUUUUGAAUGUUGAUGAAGUCAUCCACACACCUUCUACCUAGAAUUUUUUCUCUUGCUGAACAGUAUGAAGAAUGAAAAGAGAUUGAAAUGCGAAGAGUCCACACAUUGUAUCCAAUCUCAUACCCAACCCCCCAAGAAGAACUUGAACAAGUUAUGAGACUCAUCAUCUGCAAAGAUGCAAUUCAAUAUCUUGAGCUUCUCUUUCUCUUCUUUUCUUGUAUUUGUUUCAAGUUUAGCAUUUCCAUAGACACCAUUACUGUCACCCAACCCAUCAAUGACCCGGAAAGUAUAAUCUCAAGCAACAAAGUUUUUCAAUUGGGAUUUUUCAGCCCUGUCAAUACUACCAAUCGCUAUGUUGGUAUCUGGUACAACAACAUCCCUGUGAGGACUGUGGUAUGGGUAGCUAAUAGAGAAAGGCCUUUAAUAGAUUCUUCCGGGAAUUUGAUGAUAUCCGAAGAUGGCAAUCUAGUGGUUUUGAAUGGGCAAAAAGAGGAUAUUUGGUCAUCUAAUGUUUCAAAUUCUGUGGCAAAUUCAAGUGCCCGCCUGUUAGACUCUGGGAACUUUGUUUUGGUAGAUAACUCAACUGGAAGGACAAUAUGGGAGAGUUUUCGAAACCCUUCAGACUCAUUCUUGGAGAAGAUGAUGCUUACUAGUGAUGGAAGUACAGGUGAAAAGAUACUGUUGAAAUCAUGGGAAAGUCUUUCUGAUCCAUCCGUUGGAAGCUUCUCUGCCGGUAUUAAUCUUUUAACCAUUCCAGAAUUUUUUGUAUGGAAUGGAAGCCAUCCUUAUUGGCGCACUGGUCCUUGGAAUGGUCAGAUCUUUAUUGGAGUACAAUACAUGACUUCACUGUAUGGUGAUGGUUUUAAUGUGGUAGAUAACAAAGAAGGAACUGUAUCUGUGUCUUUCGCUUCUGCAAAUGAGUCUAUGUUAACAUACAUUUUCUUGAAUCACGAUGGAGCUCUAAUGCAGAUGGGUUGGACUCAAGGGAAGGAAGAACCAGAGGUUGACUGGUUAGCUCCAGAAAACGACUGUGCUGAUUAUGGCAAGUGUGGGCCAUUUGGAAGCUGCAAUUCAAAGGAUUCAUCAAUUUGUUCUUGUUUGAGAGGGUUUGAGCCAAAGCACGUAGAUGAAUGGAAUGGAGGAAAUUUUAUUAGUGGGUGUGUGAGGAGAAGUUAUUUGCAGUGUGAGAGAAACAGUAGCAAUAGUAGCCAAGAAAGCAAGAAAGAUGGGUUUUUGAAGCUGACAACAAUGAAAGUACCUGUGUUUGCAGUGUGGUCACCAGCUCUAUCAAAUGAGUGCGAAAACCAGUGUUUGAAGAAUUGUUCAUGCACGGCUUAUGCAUAUUAUGAUGGCAUUGGUUGCAUGUUAUGGAGUGGAAGCUUAAUUGACAUACAGAAAUUCUCCAGUGAUGGGGCAGAUCUUUACAUUCGCGUGUCAUAUUCAGAGCUCGAUAAAAAGAGGGACUUCAAACUAGUCAUUGCAAUUUCAGUGAUCGUAGGGUCAAUAAUCAUAUCCGUCUGCUUAUACUUCAUAUGGAUGGUGAGGGUUAAACAAAGAGGAUUCAAAAAGAAGAGCAAUGACAUGCUACCAUUUAAGAAACGGUCUCCAGAAUACUCAACUGAAGUGCCGUUUGAAGAUAAUUUAAACCAAGUUAAACUUGAAGAACUACCACUCUUCAAGUUUGAGAAACUUGCAAUUGCAACAGACGAAUUUAACUGGACCAACAAGCUUGGACAAGGUGGUUUUGGCCCGGUGUACAAGGGGAAAUUUCCGGAUGGAGAAGAAAUAGCGGUGAAAAGGCUUUCAAGGUCCUCUAAACAAGGGCUCGAGGAGUUCAUGAAUGAAGUUGUGAUGAUUUCUAAACUCCAGCACCGUAAUCUAGUUAGACUCCUUGGCUGCUGUGUCGACGCAAAAGAAAAGAUGCUGGUCUAUGAAUACAUGCCAAAUAAAAGCUUGGAUGCAUUUCUCUUUGGUCCACAAAAACAAAAGCUCCUAGAUUGGAGUAAACGCUUCGACAUCAUUGAAGGGAUAGGCAGAGGCCUCCUCUACCUGCAUAGGGAUUCUAGAUUAAGGAUCAUUCAUCGAGAUUUAAAGGCAAGUAAUAUUUUGUUGGAUGAAGCGCUAAACCCUAAAAUUUCAGAUUUUGGAAUGGCAAGGAUUUUUUGUGGCGAUGAACACCAAGCCAAUACGAGAAGCGUUGUUGGAACAUACGGCUAUAUGGCUCCGGAAUAUGCAAUGCAAGGAAGCUUUUCGGAGAAAUCAGAUGUAUUCAGUUUUGGUGUUUUGUUAAUAGAGAUUAUAAGUGGAAGACGGAACACAAGUUUUUAUAAUGAUGAGCAAUCUUUGAGCCUUUUAGGAUAUGCUUGGAAAUUGUGGAAUGAAGAUAACAUUGCGUUGCUGAUAGAUCCAAUGAUAUCUUAUCAAGACUUCAGAUCAGAGAUUUUAAGAUGUGUACAUGUUGGACUGCUCUGUGUACAAGAAUUUGCAAUAGAUAGGCCUACCAUAUCCACGGUUCUUUCUAUGUUAAAUAGUGAAAUUUCAUAUCUUCCAACGCCAAAGCAACCUGCAUUUACUCAAACACCAAAGAAUCUGUCUUCACAACAAAGCCAGAGUAAAUGUUCUAGGAAUGAACUUACUGUUACAAUUGUUGAUGGCAGGUAACAUCUCAGAUGUCGAGAUGAUUAUUUUUAUUUUUUUCCAAUUUCAUGUAUAUAAGGACAUGCCAUUGUAAACAACUUGCAUCAAGUGGAUAGACCUAUCCACAACUA